UGGGAGUAUACGACCUAUCGAAAUAUUCGAGGUACCGAUAGUAAUGUUCGAGACAUUAUCUGGGAUCGCCACCAGGGGCUCGUACGGAUUACCACACAUUGGCAUAAAAGUCGAAACAUCACGCGAAAAUCACGACCGAACCUUCGAUUUUUACCACCGACACUCUCCUAUAUUCUAAUCUACUACCUCCUCUACGUGAUCCCCGUAUAUUACUACCUCACCCUCGAAUAUCUCGAGCGAGACGAGAUCUCCCCCUUUCUCUUUGAGAUCAACGCCAACCGGAUCCAGAGCUCGACUUUAUCGAGGACUCUUUAUGUCCAAUCGGGUCAGAUUUUUCGAACUGGGUUAACCCUCAAUCCCUAUCGCCACUUGAUCAACCACAUCCUCCUCGAAAAAAUCGGUCCCGAGACGGAAGAAUUUAUCGAUGGAGGCGACGAAAACUACGAGUCGUCUCUCGAGCAAAACGACUCGAUCAUCGAUAUUCAGGCAAAUCGGUCUUCCAAGGUAGGCCAGCUUCACUAUAGUCUGCUGGCGGACCAGCCCGCGGCCGGACUACGGCAUCGAUAUAUACGAACCGUCCACUUCACCCAGCAAUAUCAGGCACUCUUUAAGAUCGAUAAGUGCGACCGAAUCUUCCAAAAAUUCGAGUCGGGAGCCGAUCAAAGCGAAGCCCUGGAGAAAAGCUCAGGAUCCCAGCUCGUCCUACCCUACUACUCUCGCGAAAAUACCGUGUCGAAGACCGAUGUUUACUACCAGCUCACUCGUUUUUUCGAAGAUAAGAGUGCCCGAUUUCGAGACCUCUAUCAACGUGAGGCCAUCCUCGCUAUUUUCGAGAGUAUUACCUACUUGACGUACGUGAACAAGACUGGCUCGGGGAAGAGUCUCCUCUACCUCCUUCCCGCCUUUGUCCGAUAUCAGGAUAUGGUCAAUAUCGUGAUCACUCCUCGGGUAAGUCUAAAGGAUGAUCUUUUUAAACGAGCUCAGGAUCGAAAGAUUCGAGUGGCUCGCUUUGAGGAUCUCACGGCCGAGAUGAAGGAGGAGCAUACCUAUCAGCCGUUUAAUCUAGUCGUUACCUCGAUUGAAUCGAUCCAGGACUCGACUUUUUCGGAGUAUGUAAUACGGCUAGUGAAGGGUCACCGUCUGGUCCGCCUCUACCUUGACGAAGUCCAUACGAUUAUCCUCGAAAAAGACUUUCGAUGGGUCAUGAAAUACGUCAAUAGCCUCCUACAAUACCGGGUCCCCCUCGUAUUUAUCUCGGCUACGCUUCCCGUGCCGCUUCUCAGGCUCGUCGAAAGCGAGUUCUUCCUCCUGGAGGGAACAAAUCGAAUCAUUCGAUCGACGACGAUCCGCGAGAAUAUCGAGUACGAGAUCGUCAAUAUCGACAGGAACACGAUCCGGAUCGCAGAUAUCGAGGAAAUCCUCAAAGUUUUCGAGUCAAAGGGACUAGGCCCGAAGAGUAAGGCGAUCCUCUUUGUCCCGACCUACCGAUACGGGGAAGGACUCUCGGAAAAGAUGAAGAUUCCCUUCUAUAAUGCGAGAGACCCUCAGAAAAAAGCGAUCCUGGACUCGUUUUUGACGGACGAUACGGUACUGACGCUCUUCGCGACGAGCGCCUUGUCGCUUGGGGUGGACUUCCAGCUCGUUCGAUUUACCCUCCAUCUCCCUCCUCAUCAGCUAGGCUUGAUUGAAUUUAUUCAAGGCUCAAGUCGGAUUCGUCGAGACGGACUCUCGAUUAUUCUACAAAGUAGACGAUCGGAAGAUCUCCAAAGCCGAACGCGGUCCUCGUACGAAUCGAUGGAUCUCGCGAAGAUUUCGACGGCGGAAGAGUUCAAAUCGAUCGAUCGGUUGAUUUUCCAGAAGCUCCUGAACGAGGAUCGGUGUGUACGACAGAUUACGAGUCACUUCCUCGAUAAUGUCGACAUCGUCAAUUGUACGUCGUAUAACGCGAGGUCGGCGUCGAAAAUCAAGCCUUGUUAUAUCUGUCUCCGGGAGCAGAGCGUGUUUGAGCGCCAGGCGAAUCGCGAAGAGGACAGUACCAGAGCGACCAACAUCGGCCUCGCCCAAUUCGAAGAGACAAUCGAGGAUUUCGCCCUCUCCCCGUGUUUUUUCUGCCUCUUCCUCGGAAAUAUCGACGAGAUCGACGCCCACUCGUUCCUCAAGUGUCCGCACGCGGGCGCGCCCUCCUUCUAUAGGGCGAGAGGGGUGACAAAGACUCUUCAAAAUCGACUAAGUACUCUCAAUUCUCGUCUGUCCGCUGGUCAGGGUCUCGUCCGAGGUAGUUGCUGCUACCAGUGCCUCCUCCCGUCGCGAGUGUGCGCUCGUCUCAAAGACCUCGAAGAAAAAGAGGCGACGGACGGAUGUGUCUACCCGUUGACGGUCAAGACCUUUAUCGCUAUUAUCGAACUCCGCCUCGAAAUAGGCCAUGUACGGGUCUUCUUAGACGCCCUCGGGGUCGAUCUUUCCGGGCUUCGGACGGGGAGCCUCGAUUUCGCGGGGAUCCUCGACUACUUUCGGCGACCUACGAGGCUAUUGGGGACGGACGCGAUCCAAGUGUGUCGAGUAUUAAACGACCUGAGUGUCGUAAAAAUCGUCCAGGCCCGCGAGAAGAUCGAGGGAGAGAAUGACCGUAAGCGAUAUAGGGUAUCAACCUAG